ACAGUGAGAAGUAGAAAAAGUCGAUCAUCAUGCCUAAGAUUAAGUAUCCUAAGUUACGUUUAUCGAAACCGUCGACUUCCGGUUCCAGUGGGAGUAGUAGCAGCAGUAUCACUAGCGUCGUUGUUCCCUUGGAAAAUGGGAAUGAUCCGAAAGAGUCCAUUUCUAGCACUGUUGAAAAAAUGGAACAAGAAGUAAUCUGUUUGUUGGAUGAUGAAGCAAAAAUAACAGAAGAACCGACUGCUAAACGAUCUCGUCUGGCUAAUUUGAAGCUUGAAGCUCCUCAAAAAUCGAAGCUGCCCAAAAUUCCUAAAAAACCACCUGAUGGCGGCAAAGACAUAGUAAGCAAAUUCUUUCGCACUUCAGAGGACGAUUUCGAAACGGAAAAGAAUGAGGCCGUUCCCAAACAGAAAACUAAAGUGCAGCGACAAACAGCAGCAAAAAGCACAAAACCGAGAGCUCCACGCAAAGCCAAAAAACAGUCCGACAUCCGGAAAGUUUUUGCCAAAUACAAGGACAACGAUGAACAGUUGCUGCAAAAUCUUAUGCUGGAGCAUACAGCCAUGGAACAGCUAGAUCCGGAACAGUUUCAAAUAGCGCUGGCCAUGUCCCGAUCGCUGGUCGAUCAGGGAGGAUCCCAUACUAGCAUGGAACCGGACCAGGAACCGGGACCUUCUACAAGUGAGCAUUCGAUUUCGUCCCAAGAACGUAGGUUUCAAGGCAUCCGGACAACAUUGGAACAGUAUGGGUUCAAAUGUAAAAAUAGUUAUAAUGAUUACGAUUUAAAUGUUAUUUUUGGUAACGGAGCAAACGCUGGACCAAAAAAUGUUAAAAAAAUCAAACAUAAUCGUGCGUCCUUGCUGAAAAAGCGAGACCGAUUGGAGUUGAUUGCAUUUAUGGAAAAACGGACUGAUGAAAUUCUGAAAGACCAAUUUUAUCAAAAGAUUCAAAGCUCUAGUUCAUCUUUAAGGCAGAAUUAUGGUGGCAAUGUAUUCUGGAUGAAUCAAAACGCUGAAAGUUCUUCUGAAAAAAUCACUGAAUACUACAUAGAAAAUCUCGUUGAAGAAACAACGGUAGAACCCGGUUACUUACUGAAAAAAUGGAGCAUGAUCCCCGGAAGGGAGCCGACACCAGAAAAACGUCCACCCAACAAAAUUUCAAUGAGUCCAAUACCAGCUGUUGAUCCACCGGAGGAAGCCGAAGAACUUCUGGAGAAUCCUGAAGACGCCCUUCUGGAUAUGUACUCAGUUCCGCAAGAAUACACCAAGAUGUAUAACAACGAGGCCCCCAUUUAUGUUAGGAAAUCAGAAAGCAUGGACAAAUCCAUAUCACAUCCAAAAGAACAAAAAGUAAGCGAGCAGCUCCAGCGAACUGCUUCUCCGGAUUUGUUCGGUUCCGAUAGUGAAGCGGAAGUUCCGGCAAACGAAGAUGAAGAUCAAUUCGGCAGCGUGAAAACAAUCGAGGAAACAACUGACGAGGAUCUGAUGAUAGUUCCUUCUCAAAAACAUUCGCUGCCAGCGGCAAAGGAUGUGGAACCUGUACCAGCGGAAGAUCCCGCAGAGGUUGAGGCUCCACUACUUUGUACCAGCUCGGAAAAUAUAUUCGAUGAUACCGUCGAUGAUCAGAUUUUGGGCUACGAGAUGUACUCCAGUGAGGAAGUAAAGAUCUUAUCGAAUGGGCCAGCCAACGACACAAGUUUUGACCAUCAGCAACGGUUCGAUGCUUCUUCAGUGGAUCAUCGAACAGAAUCUUCUCAAGAAUUGUCAUCGAGGAACGCACUUUUGGAUGAUGGGGUGAUAACGAUCAGUUCCGGGGAAAGCUUUGACAAAAAUGUGCUUCAACGCGACGAAGAUUGUGGAUCCCCUGCUAAAAAACCUAGACUUUCCGGUGAGAUAGUUGGUGCGUCACAAAAGAAAGAAGAAAUUUCUAUCCAAUCGGUGGUUUUUGAGAAAAAAUCCAGUAGAGUAUCAUUCGGUAAAGUAGAAUCCGUUCAGUUGGACGAAAUACCGGAGAAAGAUGAGUCUCUUGAAGAAACAAGUUUUGAAAGAGAUAAAUCUUUUGAUGAAAAAAGCUUUGAUAAUCUGGCUCCAGCUGGACUGGAGGACAGCCGAGUUUCCAAAUGUUCCAACUACUCAGAAGACGAUGUUCUGGUGGUUUCAGACGAUGAAGUUAACUACUCGGUGAGACAUGAUCUUUCAAUAUUGUGUAAUACAUCUCGUGUCGAUCCUUAUCUUGUUGAAAAUAAACCAGAUGAUAGUUUUCUUCCUAGGAAUAUUAAUGACGAAUGUACAUCAGACAACAAAGAAGAGGAGGAUGAUUUAGACUGCACCAAUGUGUAUUUCAAUGACGAAUUCAAAAACAGAUUAUCUGAUGUCAAUUUAGUAGGACAAGUAACGGAAGAUGUUCAAAUGAUCUCAUCAGAAGACGAGGAAGAAAAAGAAACGAAUAAAAGUAGCAAAGCUGAAAACACAAUGAUGUAUCUCGAUAAUCUCGUUAAAAGAUUCAAUCUACCUCUUUCCAAGCCGGACUCAAAUUGUGAUAAAGAACCGCAGAGCGCGGGAUUAGGUGACUAUUUGGAAAAUUAUGAAAUACCUGAUUUCGAAGAUCAUUCGGUAGUUCAACAUCUCAGUCCACAGAAAUCUACUCCACCAGAACUCCAACCGAAGUCUGAUCCCCCUACGUCUGAAAAUCUCGACCAAGAAAUCGAACAAAUACUAAGCCAGGUGAAACAAACAUGUACCCAAUUGGACAAAGCGGUCGAACCACCAGUUCAAGUUAAGCGAACGCUUUCCGAUUCUGCCUUACUAAAGGUGCACUGCAUUAAGAAAACUUCAUCAACUUCUUCGAGUAAAACGACUGGAUCGUCCUUCCGGAACAAGUUCCCAGAUCUGACCGAAGAAGCAGCGCCGUUUCCGGAGUUUGAAAUCUCAUUGCUUGACAACCGAGAAGCUCGGCCGGAUUACGCGGGAAUGGCCUCUCCCGUAUUGCACCGGGAACUGUACAAGUAUGGACUGAAGCAGCUGCGGCGCGAGAAGGCCGUUGCUAUUUUGAAUCACAUCUACGAUCAGUUGCAUCCGUACGUUGAAGUUGUAGAAAUUCAAGAGUUUGAUUAUGAUGGGGUUCAGGGGAUCUCCGAGGGGGGUUUGAGGGAUGAUUCGAUUACUGAAAAAGAACAGCCAUCGUCACCGAGCAAGAAGAUUGAGGAAUCUUCUAAACGGUGCCCGUUUACAUCAGAAAUGACCGACGAGGAGUACGUUCUGCCGUCCAAGCCCAGGAAAAGGACCUUCUGGUGUCCGGUUCCCCUUAACAUCGCCUUCUUCAACAUGGUUCAGGCGGACUCGCGUCUUCAACAGCAAAUCCUCCGAUACCAACCGGUUGACCUGGACGCCAUCUACGCCCAUCUGAAGCAAAUUGGCCUGCGCUACGAAUCGAACGAUUUAAUCGCAUUCCUCGAUAAGCGCUGCAUAACGUUUCGCACGGCCCAGAGCAGUGGGUCCCGCACAAAGAAGUCGUCAGCAGGGGCAACCCAAUCACAAUCCCAAUCCAGGUAAAAGUUUUUUUUGGAAUGAUUUUUUGGUGUUUUUUUUUGGAGGCAAUAAAGUUUUAUAGAGGAAAUGCUAUUUUACCCGGAA